AUGUACCUGGAAAACAAAAGCAACCUGGACGUGGAGAUGUCGCAGGCCUCGGCACCGGUUCACCAAAGCGCGAGGAAUUUUGGCGAGCUGCGACUGCUGCAGGGCAUCUCGGAACGCUGCGAGACUCACAAGCUGCAGCAGCAGUCGACCAGCCUGCCAUCGGGACAGCGCGUCAUCCACGCCGAUGGAUUCAUGCCCGUACGACAAGAAGAUGGUACCAGUCACAACUUCAACGUGGUUAACAUUCUCACCGGCAAGUCAAAUUCAACCAACAUCUCCGAAAGGUCUCCUCUUCUAAGGUUCUCCCAAGACGACAGCGUGGCCUACAUGACCAUACACAACCCUGGCUUCUAUGGCGGUGAGGAGCCUUGGGACAGCAGCGCCAUGGACCUGGAGCGGCGGUACCGCCUGGGCAGCGAAGUAAACGGUCUGUCGUUGCUGCGCUCAAACUCGACGGACAAAAGCGACCCUCUGGAGCACCUCAGCCUUGGGUUCAAGCUCGCCCGCGCCGUCAAAUGCUGCUUUCGAAUAUCCAGAGUGGCCACCAUCUUCACUAUUGUUGUUUUGUGCAGUCUAUUGUUCAGCAUGUACCCCGACCGCGACGACCCUUGGCGGAUGUUGGCCGUCUCGUCCAGCGAUAUCUUCACGUUGAACCUGACGAACUUCAGAGACAACGCUUUGCUCAGGCUGCAGGUGGGAGGCCCGUUCGCCAGCAGUGCGGUCGACCCGGAUUCCCGGGAGUUCGUCCUCGUUCAGGUGGAGCAGACUGACCCACCGGGCCAGAGGAGGAGGAGGGGGCAGCAGGUUCUUUACAACUGGACCAUUCCUCUUCACAGUGAGCGCAGUGAACAGAUGGUGCUCACCAGAACCUUUGAGAUGCUCAGCAGCGAUCCCAUUGUAAUCAGCGUGCAGGCGUCGACGGAGUCCGACGAGGCGGUGCCGCUCUCCAUCACGCACCAGUCGCUCUACGUCAAUGUGGAGACGCAGGUGGCCAUCGCCGGCGUCAUUCUGACCGGCGUCUACGUCCUCAUCAUCUUCGAGAUCGUCCAUCGCACUUUGGCAGCCAUGUUGGGUUCCCUGGCUGCCUUGUCUGCUUUGGCCUUCAUCGGUGAUCGACCCAGUCUGGUGCAGGUGGUGGAAUGGAUUGACUACGAGACUCUGGCGCUCCUCUUUGGCAUGAUGGUGCUGGUGGCCAUUUUCUCCGAGACGGGCUUCUUCGACUACUGCGCCGUCAAGGCCUACCGUCUCUCCAAGGGCCGAGUCUGGCCCAUGAUCAUCAUUUUGUGUCUAAUUGCCGCCAUCCUCUCGGCUUUCUUGGACAACGUCACCACCAUGAUGCUCUUCACCCCUGUCACCAUCAGGUUGUGCGAAGUCCUCAACCUGGACCCCCGCCAUGUGCUGAUCGCCGAAGUCAUCUUCACCAACAUCGGCGGCGCCGCCACCGCCGUGGGUGACCCGCCAAACGUCAUCAUCGUGUCCAAUCAAGACCUGCGCCGACAAGGCAUCGACUUUGCUAACUUCACCGGCUACAUGUUUCUCGGAAUAUGCUUGGUCCUUUUGACAUCAUUCCCCUUCCUGCGUAUGCUCUACUGGAACAAGAAGCUCUACAACAAAGAGUCUAUUGAAAUUGUGGAACUCAAGCACGAGAUCUUAGUGUGGAGGCAGACAGCGCAACGCAUCAAUCCCGCCAGCCGCGAGGAGACGGCUGUUAAGUGUCUGCUGAUGCAGAAAGUUCUCAACCUUGAAAGUCUGCUGCGCAACAUGAUGAAAACAUUCCAGAGAGAAAUUUCCCAAGAGGACAAGAAUUGGGAGCAGAAUAUUCAGGAGCUGCAAAAGAAGCACCGAAUCACCGACAAGGUACUCCUUGUGAAAUGCGGCUCGGUGCUGGCCGUGGUCAUCUUCAUGUUCUUUGUCAACUCUUUUGUUCCCAGCAUACAUUUGGAUCUUGGUUGGAUUGCCAUCCUGGGUGCAUUAUGGCUCUUGGUUUUGGCUGACAUUCAGGACUUUGAAAUGAUCUUGCACCGGGUGGAGUGGGCCACGUUGCUCUUCUUUGCCGCUCUCUUUGUCUUGAUGGAGGCUCUCGCCCAACUGCAGCUCAUCGACUACAUUGGCGAGCAGACAGCCCAGCUCAUCAAAGCCGUGCCAGAGGACCAACGCAUGGCCAUCGCUAUCAUCUUGGUGAUGUGGGUUUCUGCCCUGGCUUCUUCUCUCAUCGACAACAUCCCCUUCACUGCCACCAUGAUUCCAGUCCUCAUCAACUUGAGUCGGGAUGCUGAUGUGAAUUUACCAGUAAAACCGCUAAUUUUUGCCUUGGCCAUGGGAGCCUGUCUCGGGGGAAAUGGAACCUUGAUCGGCGCGUCGGCCAACGUGGUUUGCGCCGGUAUCGCAGAACAGCACGGCUAUGGUUUCUCAUUCAUGGAAUUCUUCAGGUUAGGCUUCCCUAUGAUGAUCAUGACAUGCAUGAUAGGCAUGUGCUACCUGCUGGCCACACACAUCGGACUGGGAUGGAACAUGUGA